UCACCGACUGAACCCACUCCGAUCCCCCAGAAGAAGAAAAAAACGAGUCGAGCUCAGCCGAGGCUUCGCCCAAACGCACGCACGCACGCAUCCACCACCGAGUCGCCCGCCCCGAAACCCCAGGUGGCGGCGGCCGCGGCGGCCGGCGAUGUCGCUGACCGAGGUCAAGAUCGGCGAGGAGGUGUGGCUCACCUGCCUCUCCCACGCCCUCACCACCGAGACCGAGGAGGUCAUGGGCCUCCUCCUCGGCGACGUCGAGUCCUCGAGCAGGGGCGGCUCCGUCGCGGUGAUAUGGGGCGCGUCGCCGCAGAUGAGGUGCGAGCGGAAGAAGGACCGCGUCGAGGUCAACCCCGAGCUGCUCGCAGCCGCCACGGCGCAGGCCGAGGUUAUGACGGCCACCAUCGGGAAGACGACCAGGGUGAUCGGCUGGUAUCACUCGCAUCCGCAUAUCACUGUCCUGCCUUCCCAUGUAGAUGUUCGUACCCAAGCGAUGUUUCAACUGCUAGAACCAGGCUUCGUGGGGCUGAUAUUUUCUUGUUUUAGCGAAGAUGCCCAAAAGGUUGGGAAAAUCCAAGUGAUUGCCUUCCAGUCACUUGACGGGACACAACGUGCUAUUGUUCCUGUUAUUACCGAUCCAGUCAUCGACCUUGAGUCAUCUUGGAGUUCAUCAGAUAAAUCACUAACACCAAAGUAUGCAGCAAUUGAGGGCAUUGAACAGGACACAGGGGAUUCUAGAGCUCUGAAAGGAAGCAAGGUCUGGGGAAGAUCUCUGGAUGCAGAUCUCUAUUCUCAUCUCGACACAAAUCAUUCAUCAAAACAUCAACCCAGAGAAAACGCUAUUGUUGCUUAUGAACCGGAUAACCUUCCAGGAGUUUCUGCUGAUCAAGAUGGUUCAGAUAUGUCCCCAAGCAUUCAGGAGGCUUUGCACCGAUCAACUAUGGACAUAAGUGGUGCAGAGUAUAGGAGGAGGGAGGUGCCUCUUCAUGUAUUUCCAACAAGGCAUCUGCUAAAGCUGGACACUACGUUGACUUCUUACUGUGAUAUGCAGCAUGUCCUUUUCCAAGAGGAACAAUCAGCAUAUAAUCAAGCCAUGCUACAAAAUAUUUGUGAUGGGAAGAUGCACCCCCUUACAUCUAUUCACCAUACAUCUACGUACAAUUCAUCUCUCUGUAAACUAAUGGAAUAUUGUUUGAGCCCAGCUAUAACUGUACUUCAGGAUCGCCUGAAGGAACAAGAACUUCAGCUAUCUAUGCUAGUGGAGGAGGCUAAAGAACUCGAGGCUGAGAACCAAAGCAUGAGAAAUGUUUCUCCUCGUCGCUUGAUGCUCCGUGGGACUAGUGGUAGCAGUUCACCAAGGGCCCUGGAUAAGUACGCUUCCGCCAAACAAGGGGGGCCAAUAAGCCCCAGCGGAAGCAGCAGGAGAAAGGCUUCUUGAUUGCAACCUUGUUUGCCAUGUCAUUACGAUGAAUAGUGCAAGUCGCAGUCCUACCUGUAGCUCUUCGAUGGAUGAAGGAGUGCGCAAUGCCAAUGUACAUACCGCAUCUUCUUUCACCACCUGCCCUAGUUCGGAAGUUCCAGACAGUCUCUGUCUCGCUCUGUAUUUUUGCCCUCACCUUUGCUGGUGAGGCUGCUCCAAAUCCAUCCUUUCACCAGGUUGUCCGCCGGAGCUUGUAAUCUUUACUCAAAAGUCGGUUGACUUAACAGUUGUUGCUAAAAGUGCAAUGUAUUCUACCUGGGAAAAACUCUUGUACUACCAAUCCUUUAGUUGCAAGCAAUGUUCAGGCAAGCAAAGUGCAA